UGUGAAUGUAACCAGUGGGGUUACACAAGGAAGUGUGGUUGGUCCAUUACUCUUUCUCCUUUUUAUCAAUGACGUGUGUUCCCUCUUUCAGUAUGGUAAGCCUUCCCUUUUUGCUGAUGACUUGAAAGUAGUAUAUUCAUUCUCUUCUCCUACGAAAGAAAGCUCUAUUUCAGCGGUAAUCCAAGAGGAAAUAAACAAGUUGUACGAAUGGAUUGUUUCGUGGAAUAUGCCACUUAAUGUUAACAAAAGUGGAUUUAUUCACAAUGGUCGCUGUCUUAACUUAAAUCUGACUGUACACACAUAUACACUCAAACCUCUCAACACUGUUCGUGACCUGGGUUUAAGAUAUAGUAACAGUCUGAACUUUUCUGAACACAUUAUAUAUCAAGUAUCCAAAGCUAGAAAGCUCAUCGGAUUGAUAAUGAUAAACUUCAAUAAUACUGAAUCGAGAUUGUUACUAUACAGAAAAUGUAUCUUACCCAUUCUUGAAUAUGGUAUUUUAGUUUACAGUAAUUGUAGACAUAAUGACCUGAUUAGAAUUGAAGGUGUUCAAAGAAAGUUCACCAAAGCUGUUCUGGGGUAUUCCGAUAACAAAGACUAUUACCAAAGAUGUCAACUACUCAACUUAGAACCUCUUUGGAUCAGACGUAUCAAAUUAAAUCUUGCCUUUAUCUACCGGCUUAUUAACGGUAUUUCCUACUCCUCGGUAUCCACCCCUUCAUACCUUAUGAUAUCACCCCACAAUCUACGCAAUAAGGAGAAUAUCCUAGCGAUUCCAAGGACCCACACAAACUUACGUCAGAAUUUUUUCCUUAUUCGCUACUCAACCAUGUGGAACAGACUGCCAGUGAACCUCCGUUGCAGUGAAACUACAACCCGGUUCAAAAGUCUCCUUGACGAUUUUCUUUCCGAAAGUGGAUUAUGUCACCUAUUGAAUAUCAAUGUAUUCAAUAAUGAUUUAUACAAACAAGGUCCGUCAUCCAUUUGAUUUAAAAGCAAAAUAAAACCUUUAAAUCUUUCCACGUCUAUUUUAUUUUAUUUCUAUUUAUCUUAAUAUAUGAAAUCUGCUUAUGUUCGUGUUUAUCAUUAUUACCGUUAUUAAUAUCAUUAUUAGUUCCCCGAUACAUUAGAUAUUCUUUUUGUAUCUUCUUAUCCUUCUAAACAUAUUUAACUCCAGAUUGUCCUU